AUGGCUGCACUGGAAGAGUUGGACCCAACCAACCCGGAGUUCGUCAGAACACUGCCGUACUCUGGCGAGGGAACGACGGCUAAAUCCCAGCUGGCCUGGCACCUGCCGCCCAUGCACAAACUGAGCGACAUCUUCAAGUCGAUCACCCAACGAGCAAUGGAGCUGGGCUUAGACAAGUACCUGACCCACGUCGGUUCCAGACCUCUCCGUACAGUCACUGUCUGCUCUGGCACCGAAAGCCCGUUGCUAGCCCUGGAGAUGGUGCAGGAAAAUCUGCGAAAGUUUCAUAAUAGAGAGCUUGCGUUCGAACACCUUUUCAGUGCCGAGAUCGUACCCUUCAAACAGGCUUAUAUCGAACGUAAUUUUCAUCCCCCGUUGCUUUUUCGCGACGUGACCGAUUUGAAAGGUCGCGUAGCUCAAACGGCAUACGGCUCCUGGGCAAAGAUACCCAACGAUGUCGACCUUCUUGUCGCAGGCUUCUCGUGCGUGGACUUCUCAGCCUUGAACAACAAGCAGAAGACGCUCGACGAGACGGGUGAGUCCAGCGGGACCUUGCGAAGCAUCCUAGCAUAUGCCAAAGCGUACCGUCCUCGUCUGGUCAUCCUGGAGAACGUGAGAAGCGCCCCAUGGCCCACAAUCAAGCAAUACUGGAUCGACAUCGGCUACACCGUCGUGCAUUCCGCCGUCGACACAAAAGCAUAUUACCUGCCGCAGACGCGCGAGCGAGGUUAUAUGUGCUGCGUGGAUUCCCAGCUCCUGCAGCAAAACGGUCUGUCUGCAGAGAGUGUGUUGUCAUGGUCUGACCUGAUGUCCAGCUUCACACGUCAGGCGAGCUCCCCAGCAGGGAUGUUUCUCCUUGAUGCCAAUGACCGAAGGCUGCACCAAAUUGCUAAUAGCUUAAUAUUCCCCGCGUACCGGGUUCGUGCGUGGGAGAAAUACGAGGUCCGUCAUCAAGCCUAUAGACAGACUGAGCACCUUGGGUACAAGCGUCCAUACACCAGAUCCCUCGACAACGGGACUUGCAUAACACCAGACUUCAGUUGGCAUCUAUGGAAUAGGUCCCUAGUAGAGAGAGUCUGGGACACCCUUGAUGUGAACUUCUUGCGCAAGCUCAAGGAAGGCUACGACAUGACCUAUAAAGAGAGGUGUAUUGAUCUUUCGCAGGGUAUUGAACGCGAAAUAGACCUUCGUGCUUUUGGUCUGGUCGGCUGCAUCACUCCUGCCGGUGUCCCCUAUCUUACCAGCAGAGGAGGACCACUUUGUGGAAUCGAAACGCUUGCUUUGCAGGGCUUACCAUCGGAUAGACUCCUGGUCACCCGCGAAUCUACGCGCGAACUGCAAGAUCUUGCGGGUAAUGCCAUGAGCUCAACUGUCGUCUGUUGCGCAAUUCUCUCAGCACUGAUACUAGCACACCUAGUCCUUCGUGCAGGUGAACAGUCUUCCGCAUCCCCUGAGGUACAGGCCAAGCACAGAGCUCUGUGCCCGCGAGACGACUGCCGCAUGAUAAAUGAUGACAUGCAGCUUACCCACACCGUCGAGGUAGACACCCAAGAACUUCAAAUUCAAGCCGCACGCAGCGCACGUUACUGCAUGUGCGAGGGACAAUUGGAGGUUGAGACAAAUAUUCUUCGAUGUAUCCUCUGUGGACACACAGUUUGUUCGGACUGCGGCGGCAACCCAUCGCAUGUCUUCGAAUCUUGGUCUGGCAUAGAGCGCAUCCCGCCCAUGCAGUUCGUCAGUGAGCUAAGAAGACUACUACCGGCGCGCUUGGUUCUGACUGGUAUCUCUCGCGACAUUUACUCCAAGCUUGUAACAGAAUCAGAGACCUGCCCGUCGCAGAUUUGGUCGCUUUUUUGGCAAGUCAUAGAGUCCAGCAUAGAUGGUGAACUCUCACUCUUGGAUAUCAAGCGCAGUGAUGUGUGGACCGUUCAAUAUGAAGGUCAAACGUCGAGACUAAAUCUUGUGAUAGGUGAAGACGGUCUCGAGUGGCUUCUCUUUGCAUCGCCCCCAAGUCACAAGCCGUCUCUGUCUCUCAUCCGAGAGAUACUCUCCAAACCAAUUGCACGGCUCAGACCAGAGCAUGGUUCUCUCAUGAAAGGCGAAUGGGAAAUAUGUACUCUGAUCAGCCUCAAGGGCUAUUUCAAUGUAUGGGCGGGGGGGCGUCAAAUUGACAGCUACGAAGUUAGAAGUGGCCAUCAAGAUCCGCAGUUCGUUGGGUCAAAGGUUUGGACGCGUAUUGAAAUUCAGGGCUCCGACGAAGAUGUGCAGAACUUGGAUGCCGAUAUUCGAGGUUCAUAUGAACUUUUGCCAGAAUGCGGAACUGCAUUCGCAUCUUUGCAUAGGAAAGUCACAGCUGAGAAGGAACCUGUUGUUUAUCUUUUCUUGGAUUCGACCAAGCUUGGAAAGCCUGAGAAUGACUCUUUCGUUUUCUCCUUUGAGCAUCGAUUCAUCUCUGGAUAUGAUCGACGCAGAACGAUUGCCGAAUUAUCGCACGCUUGGCGCUCUUGGAAAGCGAGCGACGUACCCGAAUCUAUUCCUGUGUAUCACCGCAAGUGGAUCAAGGCACCAGUUGUGUCUCUGACCCCUCAUGCUCCCGAUGCUUCCAUUGCGUGCUAUAGCCUGGCACCUGACAGCAAGAUUACCAGCUGCGAUUCUGACUGUCAUAAUGCCAAUACCACCUUGCUCUCAUUUGAAUUGCCCAUGACAGCGACGCAACUAGACAACCGAAACGACCAGUGGGAGGCGAUAAAUCCAGUAUACUCGGCUUCAAAACUGCGAGACGUCUUUUGGUUAUUUCAGAAAGCGGCAGGCUUCGGUCCUUUUGAAGAGUGGCAGGAUCUCGUUCACGUGCAGACCGUGAAAGAUAGCACUCGAUCAAUCUGCGAUGUAUGCGCACCACCCAAGCCACGGUUUCUGCCGGGUAGAGAUCGACGGGGCCGUAUGGUUACUUACGAAAACCCGUAUGAUGCCGCCCUAUUUGAGCGCCAAAUGAAGUCGAAGCCUUCUGCGUUCCUGUUCUUCCGUCGCGAUUGUCAGACAGGCUCCAGCAAUCUGUGUGUCACUCUCAAUAUCCAAGUUCUAAUUCAUCAGGCGUAUGACCGAUUGUGUGGUUCUGAGAUGAUCGAAGAGGCCCGGUUCCAAUGGCGCCUCUUGCCCAACUCAUAUGACACACGCAACCACUGCUUCUCGGAUCUCAGCCUAACCAGCAACCGCCACAACCUGCCGUCUCUUCAACCCCUUAAUUUCCGGUUAAAGUUACGGCCUGAGCAGUUGCGAUCCUUGGGUUGGAUGAUUGAUCAGGAAAGUGACAAGAAUGCGCCAUUUUUGGAAGAAGAAGUAGAAGAGGCACUCCUUCCGCAGAUGAUGUGGCGUGCUGAAGCUAGAGUUCUUGUUCCUACAACUGUCCGGGGAGGUGUCCUCGCAGAUGAUGUCGGCUACGGCAAAACCGCCAUCAUCCUGGGAUUGAUCGAUAUGCAACACGAAAACCUUCGGAUGUCGAGUCUAGGUCCGAAGGAUGGGUUCAUCCCCGCGAAAGGCACCCUUGUCAUUGUUCCUGGAGUAGUUUUGCGACAAUGGGAGUUGGAAAUCAAGAAAUUCUUGGGGUCCAGGUAUAAGGUUCUUGUCAUUGGCUCAGUACAGAACCUUUCAAAGGUACCCAUCAAAAAUAUCCUUCUCAGCGAUAUCAUAUUGGUGUCUUGGACUGUCUUCAACGGCGAUGCCUACUACAACAAAUUGAGAAAUCUCACUGGAACGUCACGGGCGCCUGGGAAUAAGGCUCGCGAUUUUGAGAAUUGGUUCACGAAUGCACUGGCUUCGCUGAAAGAUCUAGUUCGUGUCCUGACAGAAAAAGGCCCCGGUGCCUUUCUCGAUGCAAUCCGCUCAAAGCGCCAAGAUGCCGAAGUAAGCCAGAGGCAGGCCACAUAUUUACCGUCUAGGCGUUUUAGAGGGAAAUCAUAUGUCGAUGCGGUCCAAAACCGGUGCAAUAAUGUUGAUUGUGAGGAGUAUGACGGCAACAUCUCUAGCGCUGAAGAAGAUGCAGACCAUAUGGAAGAUGAAAGCGACGAGUCAUUGAAGGCUAGAGUGCACCAGUGUUUAAAAUUUCUGCCUUCGGAGAUGUUAGUCCCUGAGGGUGAUGAUGAUCCUGAAGACUCAGCCAGCCCAAGCUCAGCAUCGGAUGAUCCUGAGGGACAGGUACCGUCAAGUACCAGCAACAAAAGCAGGAAACCUGGCCGCUCGGGGUCUAGGAAGGAAGUCUGCAAGACAUGGAACGACCUGAAGGAGUUCAAUAUCAAUGGCCAGCCCGAUCAGGCUUGGACAGAGGUCAAGAUUCUUUGCCUCCAUGCUUUUGCUUUCAGUCGCCUUAUCAUUGACGAGUUCACGUACGCGAGCGAUGAGAGACUCGAAUCCUUCCUGGCACUCGAAGCUGGCUCGAAAUGGAUCUUGUCGGGAACUCCGCCUUUGAAUGAUUUUGCCGAUGUCAAGUCCAUUGCAACAUUUAUGAGGGUCCAUCUGGGGAUAGACGAUGAUGAGUUCAAGUCGCAGAACGGUCGACUCAGGUUGCUGUCUAAUCAGCGAUCCGAUGCAGAGAGGUUCCAGUCCUACCGAACGACCCACAGCGACGCAUGGCAUCAGAAUCGCCACGAGGUUGCACAAAGGUUUUUGAGUCGGUUUGUUCGCAGAAAUGUUCCGGAGAUUGACGAGAUUCCCUUCACUGAACAUGUCAUCCUAAUCCGCCCAACACCGGCUGAACAGGCACUCUACUCCGAGAUGUACAGGCAAUUGGAAGCAUGUGAUGGCAAGCUCCGCCGUCAGGUCAAGUCUCGAUUCAAUGGCGAUCAGGCUAGUCGGCUAGAUGCAAUCCUGAGUACUAGCACGAGCUGCGACGAAGCACUACUCAAGCGCUGUGCUUGUCUCGCUGUCGUUGGUGAUUGGACGAAGACCCGGGGACCAGAAGUCACGACUUGCGAAUCUCUCAUUGAACUUAGGAAAAAGGAGAUUGCCGACAUACGAGAAGAACUCGUGGAGAAAUUGAGACUAGCGGCGUGGAUGUACUGCGAAUGUGAUUCACAGUCUGCAAGGUUUGACAAAUUCGUCGACGCCGUCACCGGUCACAAUUUUGGCGACAACUCGGUGACAGAAACCGUUUGCUCUCUUUUGGACGAUGCAGUCCGCUCAUCGAACCCGAGCCAUUGGAAAGAAUUCUUCGCACCUCCGACCAAAGUCGAUCCACAGCAGUCGGCAGACAAGCAGGACAAGGGCAACCCUGGUACUCAGAAACGUGCAGCAAGAGGAAGAUCAUCGAAGGCCCCGCAGUCAAAGAAGUCCGCCGGCCAGGGAGAGAACGAUAACAGCAAAACCGUACUCCCAGCAAGACCUGCAGGAUUGGCCGAGAUCGAGCCACAGCUGCGUGAAGUUACAACUGCUAUGAAAGGGAUGAUUGACGAAUGGGUUUCGCGCAAGCGUGGCGUAAGAUUUCUCAAGAAGACACGGUCGAUGCAAAUCUGCGGGCAGAUUUCCAAGUGCUCUGGUUGCAAUAGCCGGCCUGACUCUCUCGACCAGUUAAGCUUACUAGGUUCUUGUGGUCAUUCGCUUUGCAAAGACUGCAUCUCGCAGGCUGUGCAGAAAGAGGAAUGCAGUGUGGAAGGAUGCCGCGGUUCCGGCAAGGGCUACAAUGUCAUCCCGAUGGGCACGCUGGAGCGCGAGACUGUCGACAGAGAGACCGCAUUUGGCGGCAGCAAACUCGACAAGCUGAUUGAGAUCAUCCGCGGCACUCCGCAGGGCGAGCGGGUCCUCUUAUUCAUUCAGUUCCCGGAUCUAAUGCAAGCCGCCGCCAAAGCAUUGAAUCUCGCCAAGAUCAAACACACCAUGAUCACAGCAGUGGAAGGUAGGUCUACCGCGAAGCUCGACAAGCUACAGGCGAGCGGAUUAGGGCAAGCAAAGGUGUUGAUUCUGAACCUUGGAACCGAGUUGGCUGCGGGAUUGAACUUACAGCAAGCAAACCACGUCAUUUUCCUGUCACCCCUGCUGACGCAGACUCAAUAUGAUCACGACUCGACUAUGACCCAAGCCAUCGGCCGCAGUCGACGGUUCGGUCAGACCAAGCAUGUUCACAUCUACCACCUGCUGGCCAGGAAGACCAUUGAUGUGACCAUCUUCGAGAACCGUCGCGACAAGGCUCUUAUCGAGAGGGGUGAGAAGUCCGUACUGGUCACGCCCGAGGAAGUCGCAGAUGAAAAGACAAUUAGUCGUGGGGGACAACCACUGAUUUAA